CUAACGCUCCCCAUCUCUCUAUAUACGGUGAGGUGGGCACAGUCCUCGUCGAAAAUGGAUAGGAGGUGGUUUAUUGACCAUGAUAGGAUACUUCCCUCCAAACCUGACCAGCCGAUGUGCAGCUGCAGCAGUGUCUCAAGGCCCCGCAUGAUCAUUAACGUGACUGAAAUGCUUCAAGCUGACAGACCUAAUGCCAUAAGGAAGCCUGUUCCAAUUCGUCCUCCAAGCCCUAGAGUUUCCCUGCCAAAAGAACAAGAGUCCCACCGCUCUCUCACCUGCGAGCCCACGCCCAAACCCAUCAUCCGACAACGGUCACGCUCCCUGCCUUCUGCCACAGAGAAGAAAAAGAAGCGAUGCAGAAGCGUUGGCGUUCGGUUUGUUGAUUCUUUGGGACUGGACCUGGAAGAUGUCAGGCUUUUCAAAUCAAGCGAGGAUCCAUUUGUGCCACAUCAUGUAACCUUUAAAUUAUUAAUGGGUGCCGAAAUAACAGCUGGAAGGCACCUGGAGAUUUCCCUGCCCUACCUGAAGCCAGAUUUUGCCAAACAACCUGGCGACCAGCCAGGAUUCCUGCAUCGUCUCCAGGAGCAGAAAGUGUGUCUUGAGAGAGUCUUGUGCUUUGAUCUUGGGAUUAUUGGAAUCACACAAGUCCUUAACUUACACUUUGUGAAGAAUGUCGCCGCUCGUUAUUCAUUUACAGAGUGGAAAAGUUCUGCUGAAGUUAAGGCCUCUUGGGUGUCCAGCAUCACUAAAACUUGGGAAGGCGGAGGGGACGAGUUUAGCUGUGACACGUUUCGUUUCCAUCUGCCAGUCCCUCCGUUCCUGCGUCCUGGAGCAGUUUUGGAGUUUGCCAUUCAAUACAAAGUUAAUGGGGCUGAAUACUGGGACAACAAUGAUGGGAAAAAUUAUAAAUUACUCUGCCAAAAUUACAUACUCACGGUGCCUAAAGAAUGUGAGGACAGCAUGGUGCAUUUCAUUUAG